GAUCGUCCAGUUAAAAAAAACCAAAAAAACGCCUGAGAGCGACGCUUUGAGCUCAUGUACCGCUGUCUCAAAGAUGGAAAGCGACACCACGGUCAGGAGACUGAAACCCUUCGGAACGCAGAAUUAUGUAGCGCCAGAUAGCGACAGUUCCUUGGCUCGGUGGGGGGGUAACGGCUACAGCGGUGACCCGAAGAGGAAGCCCGAAGUGAGCAUAUAUCUGCUGCGGGAAGGGCUUGCAGCGUCCCUGGUCUCUGUGUUUAUUUUGGUGCUGUGGGGACUUGUGCAUUUGUCGUUACUGCAGCUCGUCAUUGGGAACCCAACCGGCGAGUUCAACGCAGGUAGAGCCAGACGGCACUUGGAGCAGAUCACCAGCGUCGGCCCUCGGCCAGUGGGCAGCCAGGAGAAUGAAGUCCUGACAGUGGGCUACUUAUUGGAGCAGAUUGAGAUCAUCCGGGUUGAGACGGCAGCGGGCCCCCAUCAGCUCACGGUAGAUGUACAGCAUCCCACUGGCACUUUCUCUAUUGACUUUCUUGGAGGCUUUACCAGCUUCUAUGACCGUGUCACCAACAUUGUUGUCAGGCUGGAGCCUAAGAGCGGGGCGCAGCAUCUCAUGCUAGCCAACUGCCACUUUGACACAGUGGCCAACAGUCCAGGUGCCAGUGAUGAUGCAGUGAGCUGUGCAGUGAUGCUGGAAGUCCUCCAUUCUCUGGCCAAUCAGUCUACUCCUCUCCGCCAUGGAGUUGUCUUCCUUUUUAAUGGGGCAGAGGAAAAUGUUCUUCAGGCCAGUCACGGUUUCAUUACUCAGCAUCCGUGGGCCAAGCAGGUGCGAGCCUUCAUUAACUUGGAGGCUGCAGGUGUUGGGGGCAAGGAGGUUGUUUUUCAGACAGGUCCAGAGAAUCCUUGGCUGGUCCAGGCCUACGUUCAUGCAGCCAAACACCCCUUCGCCUCUGUGGUGGGCCAAGAGGUCUUUCAGAGUGGCAUCAUCCCCUCUGACACUGACUUCCGCAUCUACAGGGACUUUGGUAACAUCCCAGGCAUUGAUCUGGCUUUCAUUGAAAACGGUUUUAUCUAUCACACAAAAUAUGACACUGCUGACAGGAUCUUGACAGACUCAAUACAGAGAGCAGGCGAUAACAUCCUGGCGGUCCUGAGGUACCUGGUCAUGUCAGACAAGUUGGCCGAUUCCUCGGAGUAUCGUCACGGCAACAUGGUAUUUUUUGACCUGCUGGGGGUAGUCGUUGUGGCUUACCCAUCCCGUGUUGGCACCAUCCUCAACUACAUUGUAGCCACAGCCACCUUCCUCUAUCUGGCCAAGAAAGCCUCACGGCCAGGCAAUGGGGGUGGCCGAUAUGUUCGAGAUCUGGCCUGUGCUACAGGUGUAGCAGUGCUGAGUUGGUUCGUCACCCUGCUGUCAGUGCUGAUUGUUGCCCUGCUUGUCACUCUGCUGGGCCGCUCCAUGUUUUGGUACAACCACUUCUACGCCUCCAUCUGCCUCUAUGGGGCUGCUGCCACGGGCAAGAUGAUCCUCAUUCACACUCUGGCCAAGAACUUGUACUACGGAGGUGUCCGUUUGGUGGAGCUGGGUGAUCUCUACUUUGACGUGAGCUUGUUGCUGUGGUGCUGUGGGCUGGUGUGGAUGACACUACAGGGCCUGUGCUCAGCCUACGUGCCCAUGCUAAUGGUGGCCUUCCCCCUGGCCACCAGACUGUUGCUGGCAAAAGAAUUUAAACACAGAGGAGCGUCCGUGAAGUACAGUGUGCUCUAUAUGUUGGGCCUGACUUUGCCUUACGUCCACUUCAUGUUCCUUAUCUGGGUGGUGUUUGAGAUUUUCACACCCAUCAUGGGUCGCAGCGGCACUGAGAUACCCCCUGAGGUGGUGAUGGCCUCUCUGGUCACCCUGGCAACCAUCUUCCUCUCUUCCUUUUUUCUGCACUUCAUCUACUUGGCACGGAGCACUAAGUGGAUCCUGGCUGGUCUGUGUUCAGUAUUCAUCAUCACUUUCCUGUUGAUGUCCUGUGGGCUGCUCUUUCCUUAUUCUGGCAGUCCAGACAGCCCGCGGCCGAAACGAGUCUUCCUGCAGCACACAACGCGGACUUUCCACAAUCUCCAGGGUGAAGUGGAGAGCCAAGACUCAGGUCUGUGGAUGAACAGUUUUGACUACACAGGCAUACAGCACAUCAUACCCCACAUCCCUGAGAUCAACGACAGCGUUCGCACUAGCUGUCGUGAGGACCGGCCCUUCUGUGGUUACCCCUGGUUCCUACCGUUGAAGUUCCUCAGCAAAAAGAACUGGUACCUUCCUGCUCCGGAAGCGUCUCCCAGCUCACCGGUGGAGUUCAGCCUGCUGUCCAGGGAAGAGACCAGCUGGGGGACGGUCAAGAUGGUCUUCAGUGUGAAAGGCCCCAGCCACAUGUCCCUGUAUCUGAAGCCUCACCGAGGAGCCAGCCUCUCCACAUGGUCCUUCGGUGACGGGACGCCUCAGUUUGACCUGAGCGGAGAAUAUUUUGUCUUUUAUUCCCACGGCCUUGACUCCCCCACAUGGAUCUUCUGGUUUGAAAUACAGCCUCCCAGGGACCCGGACCCAGCUGGCCCUGAAGGGAUGAUCUCUGUUGCCAUCUCCACCCACUAUUUCUUCGGUCCAGACAGUAGGACUGCUCAACUGGAGGACAUCCUUCGCAGGCUUCCCACAUGGGCUUUUCCUUCGUCUUGGGUCAGUACCUACGACAUGUACCGAUACUGAGGAUGCCACACAUCACAGAGGCCAACGCUCACCAAGCUGAGAGCUGCAAGCUGCAGGGGCCCCCAAGAAAACAUUUCAAGGAACAAUACUGAGGACCAGCCCUGACGCCUUUUUUCUUUCUGACACAAACACACACUCUAGCACACACACUCACGCUCCCUCCCAGCCUGCCUGCCCGAGAGACUCCCAUCACUGGGUCAGUAGGUCUAGUAGCUAACCGAGCAGGAGGACACGCUGAGACACACCAGGUAAGCUGAUCAGACAGCUUACAAAUUGACAAAACUGAACGGCCGACACACUGGCCACCACUAGCCUCAUACCCACUCCUGGGUUUUUUGUUUUGUUUUUGGUACUUAAUCUGUUGUGCCUUUGCUUUACUAAAUACAUUUCACUCCCCUCCUCACUUCCUCCCUUUCUUCUUCUCUCAUGCUUCCUGAAUGAAUAAUGUUGCAUGGCUACUUCCCUUGCAUUCUCUUUAUGAGGAAACCUCUUGUGCCAUGCUCAUACUAGAUGUCUCUGACUUCCUCUGCAGAAAUUACACCACCACUAUCUGCACUGUAGGUGUAGUGACAUACUGAUGGAUCUGUUUGGGAGGGGAAACAAAUAUCUCUUUUGUUCGACUCCUGAUCCGACUUUAACUGGAAACUUUGAAAGUCACUUUGCAUUUAACAAGUUGCUCUUCAUCAUUUCUCAAUUACACCAAUGAUGUGCAGCAAGUCAUACCCCUGUAGCAGAUUGUUGGCAUUCCUGACAUGACAAAUUCAUGUAAGGAAUGCCAACAAUCUGCUGUAAUUGUCAGAGAAUCUGGUAUGCAGAGGCAGAAAACUGUGCCUGUUAAACUACAGCUUCCUGUCCUUUUUAGAAGGAGGAGUCACUUUCUGAAGAUUUCAUGCAGGGCAAAAUUCAGGGUCUUACAUUUUUUAGCCUGGUGGGUUCAACCGAUGUGUAUUGAUUUUGGGUGCAAUGAGACCAGAACUCUUGAGCGUGACUGGGUGUUAAACCAGCAAUGCAACUCCACACUCAUUAACAUUAUCAGUAUCAGUCAGCUUGUUCUCUCUCACAUUAUUUACAUUUGCAGUUACUGUAAUAUGUCGUAUUAAUUCAAACUUGACUUCUGCUCUGUGCUACAACCUAUCUCCAGCAGCGCCAAUGAAUGUCUAUUUCAUAUGCUAAACCAGGAAUAAAGAAAACGAUCGGAAGAUAAAAAGAUACCGUAAAUAAGUUAGUUCUGACCCUAAAGGAAAGUCAUCCAGUCUGCAUAUCUUGGCUGCAAAUGAAGAUAAGUUCACCAGACCUUGAUGCAUUUUCAGUUAAUUGUACCACUAAAAUGGCAUCAAAACAGAAUAAUGUAGCUUCAUUUGAAACCAGUUAAAAGAAACACAAAUGUGCACAUUUUCAACGCUAUAGCAAUAAAGAUGAUAUAUUAAUCCAAGU